AUGUUUAUUAGACUCAUACUCGUUGAUCAUGGUGAUGAUCCGGAAUCUCAAAGACCCCGAGCAUAUGCCUCACUAAGAAGUGUGGGUCGAGUCAGUGCUGACGAGAACAGGCAUACCAUUGAAAUCCUGGUCAAACAUGUGUCCAAUGAGUUAGGAGUUAAUGCCAAUGAUUUUCGCGUGGAUUUUGUGGACACGAGUCCAGAUAUGGGCUCUAUUAAGGGAACUCUGUAUCGCGAUUUAGCCGUUUAUAAUUAUGGUCAACAGUAUAAUCAAUACGAUAACCACAGGUAUAAUGACAGAGACAGGUAUGACAGGUAUGGACAGCGCGAUUAUUCCGGUGAUAAUUGGAUUCUCAAUAUAACGACCGGUAUUAUGAUCGGGACAGACGGAUAUAGAGACUCCGGGAACAAUUUGCACGACGACCCCUGUAUACAAAAGGCCUUAUAUUACGUCAAGAAUUGUGAGAAUACACUCAUCGAUGACCAGAGGGAUGCCCGCACAGGUAGCCACCGUAAUGAUGUUCAUUUGGGUUUAUGUUGUGCAUUGUAUUCAUAUUACGAUUGCGUAAAUCUGGUGGCGAGGGACGAGUGCACAAACCCAUCAUCGGUAACAGUGGACAUACUUAUGGGGUCCCGGAAACGGGAUUUAAACCAGGAAUUAAGAUACAAAGAUCCUGGAUACAAUGGACGGGAUAAUCCUUGUAUACAGCGAGCCGUGUAUUACAUCAAACACUGUGAGAAUAUCCUCAUCGAUGCCCAGAGGGACGCCCGGAAAGAUAGAUACAGAGAUCAGAGAUACUAUGAUAAGUAUGGGGGACAGGACUACUACAACGAUAUUAAUAUUGGAGUUAGAGAUAGUAUAAACUUUCCCCGAAAUGAUGUGCCACAGGGACAGGGAUAUAACAACAUGUUUGGGAGUCGUGUCCAUUUCGGUGGUGAUUUUAAUAGUAACUUCAGACAAGAUUCAGGUAACUAUCCACAAACCUCUGGUAAUUAUCCACAAACCUCCGGUAACUCAUGUCUGGAAAGGGCUAUAAUCGACACCAGGGGUUGUGAGGAUCAACUUAUACAGAGACAACGGGAGGACCAGAGGUAUCAUCCGAGUGAUGAUAAACAGCAAUUGAUUUGUUGUGCAUUGUAUACGUAUUACGAUUGCUUGGGUCGGGUAGCCAUGGAGAAGUGCACCGACCACUCGUCCAUAACCGUAGACAUACUGAUGGGGUCCCGGAAACGGGAUAUUAAUCAGGCCUGUCGUGACUACACA